UCCUCCCCUCCCCACGACUCCACGGCACGUCAGCAGCCGCACCGCCAACAAACCAACCAAUCCUCUCCGUCUCCCAUUCGGCCACAUCCCCGGAACUCCACAAAAAUCUCCACUCCCACCCGCGCGGAGGAGGCAGCAGCCGCCGGCGCCCGCGCGGCGCCACUGCCCCCACCCAAACUCCUCGCCUCGCCUCGCCUCGACCGCCCCCGCGCCGCGCCCCCCAAAAAUCUCCACCCCCUACCCGCGCCGAGCAGCGGAAACAAGCCACACCCGCCGCCGCCCAUCCCGAAACGCGCGGGCCCCCAUGGCAUCCGCCGUUUCGCUCCUCCUCCUCUCGUCCCCGCGCCCGCUCCGCGGCGCCGGCCUCCUCCGCGUCCCCCGCCGCGGCGCCCUCCUGCCGCUACCGGGCCCCGCCCAGGCGGCCCCGCCGCCGCGCGCCUCCAACAACAACGACAACAGCGGGGCCGUGGAGGCGCCGGACCGCCUCGUCGCCGCGGUCGCCUACCUCUACCCGUUCCUCGACGGCGCGCACCACGGCCGCUUCCUGCUCGCCCAGUUCCCCGUCUUCAGCGCGCUGCUCCGCCCGCUGGCCCCCGCGGCGCGCCUCUUCCACUCCUCGCCGCUCACGCCCUUCCUCCUCUUCCUCACGCUCUACUUCGCCGUCGUGCGGAACCAGCAGGCCUUCUCCCGCUUCGUCCGCUUCAACGCCAUGCAGGCCGUCGCGCUCGACGUGCUGCUCAUCUUCCCGGACCUGCUCGCGCAGUCCUUCGCGCCGUCCGGCGGGGUCGGCUUCGAGAUCUUCCAGAGCAUGGAGAGCACGGUGUUCCUCUUCCUGCUCGUAUGCUUGCUGUACGGCGGGGGCGCCUGCCUGCUCGGCAAGACGCCACGGUUGCCCAUCGUCGCUGAUGCGGCAGAGCGCCAGGUGAUGUGACUACACGGUUCCCUUGAAUCAUGCUGGUGGAAAGGGAAAGGGGGAUCUGUGAUUCACAGUAGCAUCUCGAUUUCUCAACGAUUCACCGGUGCUUGCUGUAAAUCACAAGCUUAGUAUAGUUUACAUUAUUGUCCAUAGCUCUAGCUACCAAUUUAAUGGAUGAAUUGUGGGAGGUUGAUACAGUGAUGUUGCAACCUAGUGUACUCCCAUCUUUAUGGAAUUGACAAAUUUUGAGAGGGAGCAGUACAUAUACACUGUUUUACAAUCUGAAUUGCAUUUACAAAUGAGGAUUGGAUGAAGCAGUAGGUUUCUGACUACUCUCCCUAAGCAGUUCCUCUGCAUCCGAAUGGAAGCCUAGGUCAUUAAACGUGUUUGCAAUAUAUAAAUAAAAGAAUUGCAUCAA